CAGUGUUGUCUGUUCUGUUUAUUAGUACUUUGGUGUUUGUUUAGGUUGUGUCCAUCUAUCUCGAGCAAAGUCAUUCAGUAAUUUAUUCUUGAAAAUGUUUGAACAGUUUCAUGUUGUUAAUGAAAAGUACAUUGAUAAAUUGACAUGUAGUGUUAUUAGAUUUAGAUAUUAUUUCUUGUAAUGUUAAACCGGUGGUUAGUCAUUUCAUAAAGUGAUUCAUGUAAGAAAGUGAUAUGACACAAAUAUUGCAAUCUGUGUAUUUAGUUUUGUUUUCAGUAUUAUCAAUAGAUUAGUCAGUUUCCUUGUAAGCCUAGAGUUUAGAAACGUAGAGUCUUGACAAAAAUGUUUUUAAGGACUGGCAGUUUUGGCUUUGCCAAUUUUAGAAUACUUCUCGUAGUAUUAAUAUCAGCCAUAGUAGUAUUAUUUUUCCAAAUGAAGAUUCUUACUUUAGAAGAAAGUCACAGGAAAUUAGAACAAACAGUAGAAAGGCUAAUUCAGGUGAACAGUAAUAUCAAGAGUUCAGCCCUUAGCAGCUCUCUGGCGGAACAACGUAGAAAUGCUCAUCCAGAGAGAGACAUGAUCAUCAUCUACAACAGAGUGCCAAAAACCGGUUCAACCAGCUUCGUCAAUGUGGCUUACGACAUCUGUAAACGGAACAUGUUUAAUGUUCUUCACCUCAAUGUUACAGCCAACCAACAUGUUAUGUCACUGGCUGAUCAGGCAAGAUUUGUGCGAAAUCUUACACAGUGGACUGCCAAGAAACCAGGCCUUUAUCAUGGACAUGUCAGCUUCAUAGACUUCGGAAAGUUUGGUGUAACGCAGAAACCCAUCUAUAUAAAUAUUCUGCGCAAACCUCUGGACAGGUUGGUCUCGUAUUACUACUUUCUACGGUACGGUGAUAAUUACCGACCUCACCUCCUCCGUAGUAGACAUGGUGACAAGAUGACAUUUGAUGAGUGUGUCAAAAAGCAUCAUGAUGACUGUAACCCAGACAACAUGUGGCUACAGAUACCUUUCCUCUGUGGCCAUGCAGCUGAGUGUUGGGUGCACGGCAGCAACUGGGCACUGGAGCAAGCCAAGCGGAAUCUGCUUGCUCACUACCUCAUAGUGGGGGUAACAGAGGAGCUCACGGACUUUAUCGCCAUCCUGGAAUCUGCUCUGCCGUCCUUUUUCCAUGGAGCCUUGCAACACUUCCAGUCCAGUAACAAGUCACAUUUGCGGAGGACCAACCAGAAAGUGGAACCGUCUAACGAGACGGUGGCUCAAAUCAAGAAAUCGAGGAUAUGGAGGAUGGAAAACGAAUUGUACGAGUUUGCUCUGGAACAGUUCUACUUCCUCAAGAAACGGAUGGGGGUCGGAGCGGACGGAGUGGUCAGUGACAAAGGUCAACAGUUCAUGUUUGAAAAGAUAAGUCCUAAAUGAGGCAGAGCUUAAGUCUGAUACACAGUUGUCUUGCAAAACCAUGUCUUUCAGAUGGUAAAGUUUUAAAAUAAGUUAUUGGUACCGCCACAGUGUUUAUUAUAUUUUGAUUAAAAAGAGACGUUUGAUGAUAAUAUAAUAAAGUACAUUGUAAAACAGUACAGUAUGUGCAAUAAUGAUGCAUUUAAACAUAGUCUGAAAAAUUCUAAAUAUUAAUUAUACACGAGCAAGUUUUAAAUUGUAAAACUAAUGCUCUGUAAUAAUGAUAGUAAAUGUAUUGUUGGGUCAAAGUUAACGAAGAGCUUCUUUCUUGAACACAAUUAUCAGUGAUUUCAUUCUACUGUUAUUUCAUCAAGUAAGUCAAGUAAAACGAUAAUACAUGAAAUAGUUUGAUCUGCUAUAAACUAUCAUAUUAAUGACUAUGACCUGGAAGGUCAGAUAUUUCUCAUUAUUGCAAAAAUAACGAUGCCCUUUGAUACAGUUAAUGAAAUUUCAUCUUACCUCACAAAUUAUUAUCUGAAUGUAUUUUGUUGUUUGCUUUAUUGUUAUCAUAAUGGAGUUGAAUGUUUAUUAUAAUGUAUACUUUAUAAUAUAUUGCAGUAUAAUCGACAAUGCAAGCAUGCUUUUGAAGUCAAUAAUAUUAACUCUUUUAAUGAGAACAGGGAAAAGUACCCUUUAAACUCUUUAAUAGAAAAGAUUUCGUUGUACCUUUGGUUUUAACAUACAUUUUCCAGCUCUCACUAAUGAAAAUAGUAAACUGAACUGUAUAAAAAAUGUUUUUUUUUAUCAGUAAAUGCAAUCAAUAACCAAAAUCUAAGCUUUUAACCCUCAGAGCAAGAGACCAAAAAUUUUUUGUCUUUGAAUGCUGACUUAUCUAGGGAUUACGGAGGAAUACCAAACUUUUUAGUCUGACCACAUUAUUUCACAUUUUUGUCUGUAACUCCCUUAUUUUUAGUAAAAAUUGUUUUUAAUUAUGCAUAUAUAAAUUCUGUAACAGAAAACAAUACAUUUUUAGAAACAAAAUUUAAAAACUUUAAUAAAAAUGUACUUACAAAAAAAAAAUUUUUUUUGUCUUUGAGUAGGAAAACAUUCUUUAUAAAAAUUUCACCUAGGGUCUCUUCUUUUUCUCUACGGUCCCU